AUGGCGAAAUCACAUAAACCUUCUCGUGAUGUUACAGCAGAGAAGAAAGCUGGUACAUUGAAAUCUGGUGUUGCAGCCGAUAAGAAGAAAAAGAAAGUGAAGAGAAAGGAAAGUUAUUCACUGUACAUCCACAAAGUGUUGAAGCAAGGUCAUCAAGAUACUGGAAUUACAACCAAAGCCAUGGGUAUCACGAACUCUUUCGUUAGCGACAUUUUCGAGCGCAUAGCUAUGGAGGCAUAUCGCCUGACAAAGUACGGUAAGAAGUCGACAAUGAGUUCCCGCGAAAUCCAAACUGCUGUACGGCUGCUUCUGCCAGGUGAAGUUGCAAAGCAUGCAGUCAGCGAAGGCACAAAGGCUGUCACCAAAUACACAAGCAGCAAGUGA